AUGAGGCAUUACCUAGAAAACUUCAGUCGUUGUCUUUUACAUCUGGUGCCACAUAGCCUCACCUGCCUUACAAUAGUUGUUCGAAAAAUUAGCUUAAAACAAACGGGGUGGGUGGAGAUGUGUCUAUGCACAUCCAUUAAUAAGGAAUACAUCAAUACGGCCACUUGCUAUUACGACUAUUCCUCGUCAUUAGUGAACCUGUCAUUCCAGGCUAUUAAUCGCUGCCUUCUGGCUCCUCGAAACAUAGGAGAUUGUUUAAAUUUUUUGUCGAAGAGCUAUGUACAGGAGCCAAACUUUAAAGCAUGUUUUCAGAUAGGUCUUGCUUGCAAAAAAUAUCCUCCCACUCACCCUGGUCUGGUGCAGGAAAAUUUUAGUAAAUGGACAGUAGCACAGUUACAAGAUUUUUUACAGAUAGGAAUUAACCGAUCUGGUAAAAAGGAGCAACUUGUUUUGAAUGCAUAUUCCGCUUAUAAUCUCCAACUUCCUGUAGUUUUUCUGGACCCCCAAGAAGAACAGGCUGAAAUUCUUAAUGAUCGAUCAUCGAAAUUGCAUCUUGAAGGUGGUCUUGUUAAAUUACCAAUUCCAUGGACAUUAAUCGAUGGCUGGAUGAAGGCUCUAUCUUAUUUACCAAAUACAACACAAGAUGACAUAAAGAAUAACAAUGUUAUGUCGCACAAUAUCGGUAAUAAUGUUCGGUAUUGUUUUGUUCGAGACAAUGCUAAAGUUAUAUGUGGCGAUUGUUCUUGUGUUGCAAGUUUUCAGUGUAUUUUAAGUGAUUUCCUUAUUUUAGGUGAUUUCAUGAGAUUCAUUUUAGUAUUAUUAUUUUUUGUUUUUAGUGUUGGAGGAGUUUGCAAGCAUUUUGGAUGCCUAUUAUGGUACAUUGAACGAGAGGUACGUGAAGGUAGAAACCUGACAUGCACAUCAAAACCACAGAUGUGGCAUGCACCUACAAAAAGGCAAACAAAACUACAUCAACCGGAUAUGAUUAAUAACAUCGAGAUAAAAAAGCCAAAGAUGGAAAAUAUUUUUACUGUAAACCCAAAAUACGAAAGAUCUUCAUUCCAAGAGCGCCUCAUCAUCGAGAACCGAUCACAGUGUCACAAGACAAUUGCAACAUGUUAGCCUCUGCUACUAAUGGUAAUUGUGGCAUUGUCCUUUUAAUGCGCCAACACGGUGAAGAUGAUGGUAGUCAAGAAACUGAACCAUGUAAUUUUGUCGAAAUUAAAACAAGCGAACAUAUUGAACUUCCAAAAACGAUAAAACAACAUGUGGAUGAAAUUGAUCAGUUAAAUGUUGACUUUGACGAAAAAGUGCAAAUUUUGAAAAAUGUAAAAAUGUAAAAAUCAAGCUGGAUUGGUUCAAAAUGAAACAUUACUUCAAAGUGAAAGCUCAAAAUGGUUCGAACAUCGACUACAUCGCAUCACCGCAUCGAAAUUCAAAAUGAUUGCAGACAAAGUGGAGAACAAUGCAGUUAAAAAUGUAAACAAAGUCAAAACUGCUGUAUUCAACAUUUGCGGCUAUUACAAAUCGUAUACAUUCAAAGCAGCAAAAUGGGGAAUCGAAAAUGAAGAUAAUGCUCGUAAAUUGUAUGUUAAG